GUAGAUUCAGCACUGAUUAUCAUUAGCAAGAGGUUAGCAUUAGCAAGCUACCGCCCGUUGAUCAUUAAAAUUGGGGAGCAUUUUAUAAUUUAACUUGGCAAUAUUAUGUUUUAUUUCGUGCUUUGUGGAAGAAAUACAUGUCAAUGUCACGCCAGAUUUUCCCAACCUCAAUUAUUAAGCCACAAAACAUUAGCAAGCGCUAGCUAAUGUGGAAAUCUGAUUACGAUGCAAAUAUGAGUUCAGGAAAGUACCUUUCGGGAAAAAUGUAUUAUCGUUGUUACUGGCAUUAUAAAUCCUGCAUUUAAAACUCCAGAGGGGACUUCCACUAUCUCCUGAGGAGUAAAAAACUAAAUUUAUUGGAUUUUUACUAUUCAGUUAUGGAGGCCUAAACACCCACAAAAAGGGAUGUCCAGCAUGGGGGGAGGGAUUUGAGAGCAUAUUUUCCCUGGUCUGUGUGUCAUGCUUGAGGUAUUUGUUAUCAUUUUACAAAAACUCAUGAAGCCUUUUUUAGAGUUUGAAAGGUUCGACAUGUCUUUACUAAAUGUCCGAGGCAGUGAAGUGAUUACUGAUCCAGGUUGAUCAGUAUCAGUUUAAUUUCAAGAUGAUUAAUCUCAUGAUGUGUUUUAGUCACCCAAUUUAAAAAACAACUUCUUAAAUCAUCUUUAUUAUUAUUAUUAUUAAUUACUGCAUAGGUUGUGUUUUGUUAGCUGUUAUCCAGUUUGACUCUAACUCAGAGGAAAUGCCUCCGUUUAUGCAGUUAAGGGGUCCAGGUAAUGUGGAAGCAAGGAGUUAGGUGUUUGCAGAAUUGGCCAUGUCAGAGGGGCAAAGAUAUGUGCAUUGCAGUUUAAUGUUGGUGGUUACUGGACUUGCUACUUAUGUUUUCUCUGCACAAGAAUUUUUAAAUGUUGCACCAACAUAGGUUUCACUUUCCUUUUCACUGUAUCAAUCUGAGUUAAAAGCUUUUUAUCAAUUUGUGUACUUUCUAUAUCACUGAGUGUGAGAUUUGAGUAUGUUUGUGUGCGAGAAUGAGACCUUGGGUUUUCUCAAAUCCUUCCCCCUUCAAGGGACAUCCCUUUUUUUUUCCUAUAAUCACUAUUGUAAAACCUAUACAUGGAAACUCUUGUUCAGCUAAAAAACAACCAGUUUUUGAUGGGUCUGUGUCGCAAUGGACCUCCUCCUGACCUGCAGUAUGACAACUCAUCAGAGCUCUUCCGCAUCUCCACCUUUGCUCGUUUCCCAGCUUCAGUAGUCACAGAGCGAAGUUUGGCAAGGGCAGGCUGGUUCUACACUGGCGUAGGAGACCGUGUGCAAUGUUUCAGGUGUAACGUGACAGCUGAGGGUUGGCAGGCUGGGGACUGUCCAACAGAGAAACACAGGCAGCUCAGUCCUUCAUGUUCCUUCAUCCAAAGCCUCCCAUCCACCACCAACCUGCUCUCAUCCUCUCACUCUGCCUUCUCACCUCUCCGCAUUGCCCCAGCUAUACCACUUUCUGGUCCAGGCCCACCUGCUCCUAACCCCUCAGCAAGCCUAGGUGAAGAGGCAGCCAGCUACCUAAAUACAGCCUUCUCUGCUCCACCGCCAUCUAGCCCGCUGAGUUCUCGUGGUGUAGAGGAUAUGUCCCACCAGAGACCUACAUGCCACAACCCCAGCAUGCGCAGAGAGCAAGAGCGCCUGGACUCCUUCCACUCCUGGACACUAUCCAUCAUCACCCCAGCAGAGCUGGCCAAGGCAGGUUUCUACUAUCUGGGACAAGGUGACAGAGUGGCCUGCUUCAGUUGUGGAGGACAGCUGAGCAACUGGCAGCCUGGUGACAGAGCUGUAUCUGAGCACCAGAGGCAUUAUCCAAACUGCCGUUUUGUCCGGGGGGACCGAGCUGACAACGUGCCAUUGGCUGGUGCUGCUGCUACGGUAUCUUUAGCAGUAACUUCCCAGCUGUCGUCAGGAGCCCCUGCCCUCAGUAGUGUGUCCAAUCCAUCUAUGCAGCAGAGUGAUGAGAGGCUGCUCACCUUCGUCAACUGGCCGUCUCGUAUUCCUGUGCGUCCUGAACAGCUGGCGAAAGCUGGCUUCUACUAUGUAGGGAGAAAUGAUGAUGUCAAGUGUUUCUGUUGCGAUGGAGGCCUGCGAUGCUGGGAGUCUGGAGAUGAUCCAUGGGUGGAACAUGCAAAAUGGUUUCCUCGAUGUGAGUAUUUGCUUCAGGAGAAGGGACAAGAGUUUGUUCAUCAGAUCCAGGCUCGAUUCCCUCGGCUAUUUGAACAGCUUUUAACAAACGGAGACAGCAGCUCCAGAGAGUUUGUCGAUCCACCUGUGGUUCACCUGGGUCCAGGAGAGGAGCGCUCUGAGGAUGCUGUCAUGAUGAACACUCCCGUGAUUAAGUCUGCUUUAGAGAUGGGCUUUGAGCGCAGUCUAGUCAAGCAAACAGUCCAGAGUAAGAUCCUGACCAGUGGAGAGAACUACAGAACAGUCCAGGAGCUGGUUUCAGACCUACUGAGCGCUGAAGACCAGAAAAGGGAGGAAGAGCGAGAAAUGCUAGCAGAGGCAAUGGCUUCAGAUGGUUUCACAUUUGUGAAGAGGCACCAGGCAGCUUUGAUCCAGCGUCUGAAGAGUGUCGAGCCGGUGUUGGAGCAUUUGAGAGAGCAAAAUGUGUUGUCUGCUGAGGAGUACAGUGGUCUCAUGGCUCAGACGUCACCACAGCAGCAAACUGCCAGGCUGAUAGAGCUUGUCCUCACUAAAGGAAACGCUGCUGCAGAAGUCUUUCGCAACUGGAUCCAAAAAAACGAUGUCCACUUGCUCAGAGAUCUUAUGGCUCAAUCAAAUGAAGCUUCAUCACCAAGCCAAGAUCUUUCAGACCUCCCAAUGGAGGAGCAGCUGAGACGCCUGCAGGAGGAGCGUACCUGCAAGGUGUGUAUGGACAAAGAGGUCAACAUUGUCUUUAUCCCAUGUGGACACCUGGUGGUCUGCAAGGAGUGUGCUCCAUCGCUGCGAAAGUGCCCAAUCUGUAGAGGCCUGGUUAAAGGCACCGUUCGAACCUUCCUCUCAUAACCAGCUGGUUUAUGCUAGCCUUCUCAGACUAGUGUCACAGUGAUAUGAAUGAGUGUACUUGCUGUACUUCAUAUUCCUCAGAAGGAACUUUUUUUUUCUCAAUCUUAUGUGUAGCUUUUGAGGUUUGAGGUGUCAGUAGUGCGGCCAUUUUCUGUCCAUAUUACAAGUUUUUCUGCUUUUAAGGGGUAAGCUGAUAGGAAUUAAUAUAACUAACGUUGAGGGGAAAAAACAAAAUGCAAGGAGUGCUACUUGGGUAUAAAAAAUGUAGUAUUCCUCUGGUGCUCUUCAGUUCUGGGAUUCAUAAUCAUAAUUAAUGUAUAUAUCACAAGUAUAAAACAAAUAGUAGUAUUAGUUUAGUUUCUAAACCAGUCUGUAAUAGGCUUGUAAUAAAAUGACAGUGUUGCUCUCUAAAGAAAUUGUAUAAAUUUCCAUAUGAUUGUGAUGUUGGUCUUUGUUAUACAUAUAACUAAACACCUUCUGCAUUAAACAGAUUGAUUUUAAAACUUAUUUUCAAACAGGUGACACUGUUUGAAGUCUGCAGCUACAGCUCCAUGCACUAACUUAAGUUGAUUGGAAAGACUCCAUUAAAGCAUAAAACACAGUUAGAGGGAUCCAGUCCCAACUAAUCCUAAACUAAAAGAAAAUCAGUGCUAUUGCAUCAAUAUAAUAGAAGUGAAAUAAAACGGCACCAGUUUAUAUUUAUUAAAGGCCUGUCUCUUUCAACUACCGUAUAUACCAACAGAGGUUUUCAGACUUCAAUAUUCAGAUCCGUGUAGAAUCCAGGAAGGUGAUUGUAGUGAUGCUAUGAAACUUAGUUUUUUUUAUUAUUAUUUAUAUAUCCACAAUCCAGCCACUACUGUAUUUAUUUUACUUAUUUUGGCACUGAGAGUUCAUGCUUUCUUAACAAGUCAUUUGAGACUGUUUGACAUUGAUGACACCUGUACUGAAAACUUGCAUUGUAGUUAUGGGAUGAAUGUAAGAGUAAUAAACUUGGGUCUCUUGUG